AUGGCAGGGAUACCAAGAUGGUACGAGAUUGGAGCCGGACCAUACAGAACACUGCGCCGAGGUGGGCGCUCGCCCCUGCCCGCUCCAAUCCUCUUGCCUUCUGCAAGAAACUUCGCCCUUCCAUCGCGCGAUCCUCAACGAAACAUUCCUUGUCGGUUGCUGGAACCUCGGACAGGAAAGCCACCGGGGGCUGUAUUUAUGCAUAUCCAUGGUGGUGGAUGGGUCCUGAACGAUGAGGACUCAUCAGACGUAUACCUGCAGACCGUGGCCGACACGUGUGGUCUGUUGUGUCUCUCAGUUGGCUAUCGACUGGCGCCCGAGUUUCCCUUCCCCGCCGCGACUGAAGACUGCUACGAUGUUGCCGAAUGGUUAGUAGACAAUUCACAGGCCAAGUUUGGCUGCCCGCUGGCUUUUGUUGGUGGCGAGAGCGCCGGAGCAAACCUUGCGGUACUUACGAUGCUCCAUCUGGCACACUCAUCUGUGGUGCGAUAUGCGAAUUUCCGGUUUUUGGGUCUCCUUGGCAAUUUUGGAACAUACUCGCUACAAUGGUUGCCAAGCAUGAAAAACUUCAAGAAAGAACCUCCGCUAAUGCUGGACGAGGAUGUUAUGACGAAUUUCCGAGAAGCGUAUCUGCCCGGGCUGACGGCUGAUGAGCUUAUUUCGCCGCAAGUAUCGCCCCUGUUUGCUGACCUUGCUACCGUAAAUCUGCCCCCAGCAUUCUUUACUUGUGGUACAGAGGACUGCUUGCUGGACGAUUCCGUUUUCAUGAGUGUAAAGUGGAUGAUGGCCGGCGGAGAAGCCAUCAUUCGCAUUUAUCCUGGAAGUCCGCAUGGAUAUCUUAUGUUUCCAGAAGAUGCCCACGAGAAUGUUACCAUCGCCUUGCGGGAUUUACAAAUGUUCGUGCGUGCUAAAAUGGCACGCGAAGAGAAGUCCACGCCAAGCUGUGACUUGCAGGGAGUGCCUUAG